AUUCGUCACUCUCGAUACUUAUAUCCUCGGCUGGCGACCUUCUGAUAUGGACAAUGGGUACAACCCAUUCUUGCGAUCAGACUCGGUCGGUGUCGCCAUUGGCUUCUCAGAUCCAGUCUUUCGCUCACAGUUCAAGUCUCAACAUGGCGUUGAGGUUGAGGAGGAUCUUCACACUGCAGCCGCUGAAUGGACCAAGACCAUCUUUCCGGGCUUUAGUCAUGCAUGGGAAGAUAUCGCUUUUCUCAAAGAGCACUGGGAUGGUCCGAUUGUGCUCAAGGGCAUUCAGACGGUGGAAGAUGCACUCAAAGCUGUCGAAGUGGGUGUGCAAGGUAUUGUGGUGUCUAACCAUGGCGGAAGGCAGGUUGACGGUGGAGUGUCUUCUCUCGGGGUAUUACCUCGAAUUGUGGAUGCUGCGGGCGAUAAGAUCGAUAUAUUCUUCGAUUCUGGGAUCCGAUGCGGUGCCGAUAUUGCAAAGGCAUUGGCAUUGGGUGCAAAAUCAUGUCUGAUUGGCAGGCCAUUUGUAUAUGGCCUGGCUCUUGGGGGCGAAGAGGGCGUCAGUCAUGUGCUGAAGUCAUUAUUGGGAGAUCUGGAGCUCACUCUUCACUUGGCUGGCAUCGAAAGUUCCAGUCCAGAACACUUAAAUCGGAAGGUGUUAAUUCGAGAGGACCAGCUGUGAGUAAACGAAUAGGCUGCUACCUAAAGUACUAUACUAUUCUACUACCUCAAACGACCUCGAUUGCUAGUAUCAUAGCUUCUGCGCGGAUUCCAGAAGUCCACAGAACCACCUGUGGGCAACGUGACGUUGCCUGAAGCCUGGACACAUAUUGUUUGCUGACUCGUGCACGCGACUGCCUUAGCGCCAAUUCUCGCACGCCCACCAAGUGAAAAUCAGUAAGACACACUCCGACUCACCACAGUACAGCAUUUACCACGUCGCACACCCAAAACGCAAAAUCUUUCAAGAGCGAAACCAUGCAGAGAUCAGAGGAAGAAGGGAUGGACAUUGAGAAGAGGGCACAGAUACUCCUCGACGUGUACCUCAACACGCCGGAUGAUGAUGAUGACGACGACGAAGAAGGCUCUGCCGCACGACGUGAUGCGAAAUGGUUUCCCUCGGCCGCUGGAGAUGGUCCGGACUCUCAGCGGCCGAGGGUUACUACGCGAAGAAGCUCUCGUGUGGCCGCAGGAACGCUCUCGCAGCAGUUCAGAAACAUGCUUGAAGCAAAGCAGAAGGACUCUCACACGGCUGCAGAGACGGGCUCUCAGCGGUUCCAGACUCCGAAAGAAGCAAACCAGGAAGAUUCUCCCGUGGCCACCGCAGCAGAUACGAACUUCCAGCAGUCCCGCAUCACAAACGAGGAAAAGCAAAAAGGAAUCAAGCAUCUCCAAUCCGCAUCCAUGAAAUCCAUCCUCCGAACCGUAAAAUUCACGCAAGCACUCCCCAAGAACGCAGAUUUCUUCGAAACCACCCAAUUGCCAUAUCUCUGCUACAUCUUCGCUAGCCGUCUGCUCUGGUACCAACAAGGCCGAGCUCCAGGAGAACUCGACCGCUUCCUCGAGUCUACAACAGAGCGAUAUAAUACCUUGAAAGCCUCUUCUGCCUCCUCUGCCUCUGCCUCCUCUCCCGCCGUCAGCAACCUUCCUCCUCUUCCGUACGACGAGACCAAAGAUGAUACAUUUUACGAUGUCAUUUACGGAAUUCUCUUGAUUCACAUCAUGCACAACGACGACGACGCUGCACUCAGCAACGUGGAUUUGGCACAAAUCGGUUCUGCUUUCACUCGGGGAGAGGAAAGGGUUGCUGCGGAUCGAUUUCUGGAAGGUAUUUCGGAUUGGCGAAUGGCGCCGGCUGUGCCAAUCUCACCCCAAGGUAUUCAGGACCCAAAGGCGUUGGGAAGUGCUCUGCGCGAUGCGAUGCGGAUCUGGUUGUUGAAGAAGGAUUCUGCGUGUUUCUUUGAUGUGUUGACGAGUCAAUUGAAGUUGCGGGUGGUGUGA